AUGGCCGAUGACUCUAAUGAUGAUCAUAAAUCUGAGGGUGAAGACGACGGUCUUCUGGCUUCACCAUCGCCAUCGCCAACAAAACUUGAUGUCAGUAAUUUUCAAUGCCCGCAUCCAGGUUGUGGUAGAUCCUAUGCUUCCAAGCAUGGACUUGACAACCAUAAUAGAGUUCAUUUUACUGAUAACGAAAAGCCAUUCGCCUGUCCUCAUCCAGGAUGCCUAUCAAGAUAUACAAACAAGAGAGGAGUCACCCGUCACUUCAAUCUCAAACAUAAAGACAAAAGUGACUGGUUUAAUUGUCCUACGGCAGAACAGCUCAAGUUGCAUCAGAGAGAACAUGGAGUAUUUCGCUGUACUGCAAGACAUUGUGCCUAUGAGUACACCACCGAGCAAGAGUUAUAUGAUCAUAGAGAGCGUAACCAUACAACAUCUGACCUGUAUGAAGAUCGAGCUGGCAAACGGCCAUCAGGAAUAUCUAAAAAAGAAGACUUAUCUGCACAAUUUUCGAGCGGAGAAGGGACCGCAGAUGAGAUCGUUGUUGACGAGAAUCCAACAAAACCAGAAUUCCGCGAGGAUGAAGAUAACUUUGAGAAUAGUUCCUCCUCCCAGACGCCUACAUACAGGAACAGUAAUAGAAGAGACACUACAAGUAGAGUAUCGUUGAAGGCGGAGGAGUAUCCAGCAAGACCUAAUCGCAAAGGCUGGAAAUGUCCCAAACCUGGCUGUACAGUCUGUCGCAAAGUACAAUUUGAUCUUAUUACUCACUGGCAGGAGGCACAUAGCGAUAUACCAGAACCAGCUCAUUUCGAAUUCGUCCAUGGUCCAAAGUCAUCCGAGAAUACUAAUAACAGUCCUAAAUCCAUGGCCAAUGACCAUCGGCUCGGAGACAGCAGUGAUGAAAAUAGUCACUUACACCCUCGUGCAAAAACAGGACAGUCAACUUCUGCUGGUCAGCCAGCUCAACCCAACCAAGAAGAGGCAGGUCGAAACAAUGCCAGUGAUGGUUCCCUAGGACUAAAUUCUCAGCAACACAGAGGAAAGGAUGCCAAUGCUACAGAAAACAAGAAUACAAAUAUGAAUGACUUAAACGCACCAAAUGCUGCCAUAACAACUCCUUCCAUCGCUUCUUCUCGUUCCUCUAUGGCAACAAACAACCAAGGUCGCACUCCAAGAUCUAACAAUGGUCCUCCCAUCAUUCCCCCUCCACGUCACCCACCUAGCGUCACUCGUUCAACUACUACCGUCUUGGCAAGUUCUACUGGCAAUCUUUCUGGUCCAGCUGAAACCCCUUCAAUCAACAAUCGACGUAAGAAGGCAGCAGCUGGCCAUCCCGCUCAGAGAAUUCACGCUCGUGCAACGGAAGCCCGCCGUAUGAGUCCUCCUCCUGCUAGGAGCAAUCCAUCUGCAAAGUCUGCUGUCGCUUUCAUCAAUACCAGAAUACCUCCCCAAAGACAAUCUCAAGUCUCUUCUCCCGAUUCUUCCCAUCGCUCCUCUCCUGUGAGAUCUGAUGGAGAAGAGGAAGAAGAGGGUCUCUUCGUCUCGCCACCCGAUACCACCAAGAGUCAGACCAAAGGUCCUCGCCGCGUACUGGGUGUUCGAGGCUUUGCCAACAUGCCGUUGCCUAGAGAUCAAGAUUCUGGCGAAGAAGAUCUUAGACCAAGCCAUGUCUUGAGACAAGAACGUCGCGCUGCUGCUGGCAAGCCAGUGAAGCCUGAUCAUUCCCGAGAAUUUCUUGGUGCGGGUAGGAAAAUCUUCGGUCAACGUAGGAAGGUGGGAGAAUCUACCAGGUUUUCUGCAGCCGGAUCAACUGAUUCAGAUGAUAAUUCAAAUUUCGAGGGCAGCGAGUUCAGUUCAUCAGGUAGCUCUUUUGGAGAAGCGGAAACCGUCCGCUCCGGUCGUCGUUCCAAAAAUCAUCUAAACGCACGUGCCUCCAACUCCGUUCCUUGUCGCCCCUCUGUCAAAAAAAGCGAUCCCCCAAGAACCCCUUCUCCUGAUCUUCCUAGAUACCAACCCUAUGAAGUCUACGGUCCUGAUCUUGACUCUCCACCGCCAUCCUACCUCGUCAAAUCUCCUGGCGUUAUCGACCGCACUCUUCCAUACCCCAGUCGUCCAGAGGACAAGACGCUCCCUGAUGUUGCUGCAGUUCAACCCGACGACCUCUUCGAUGCCGAUGACAUCUUUUUUAGCUUUCGAGACAUGACUCCACAUGAAAGAGAGGUACAAGAUCGCCUCGAUGUAGAGAAAGAUGCCAUGAGAGUAAAUGCGUACGGCUCUGGAAUUCGCGCUCCAUUGCAUUUUGAUCAUUGCCCCUACACAGCUCCAAUUUGUCGUACCGAGCGGGCAGCUUGGGUUGCGGAGAGAUUGCGUCUUGAUGUUGAGGAAGCUCAUGGUGAUGAAUCUGAAGAUCCUGAAACACCAUCAAGAUUGGAUUGCGAUGAUGACCGUCAAUUUGGUGUUGACGUAGAGAUGACGGGUACCGGUACAUCUGCUUUAUCAAAGAAGAAGAGAGCUACUUGCUCUGGUCCACUCCGCGAAAAGAGAAAGUACAACUGGCGUGAUCCAGCUAGGAAGAAUAAGCGUCGUAAAGGUAGUCUUUCCGGUAGUAUAUCUCGUCGUGCCAGUAAUCGCCGUUCCAAUUCUGGUGGAAACUCUCAAAUUGAUGGUGCCGACGAACAGGAAGAGGUAGUCGCUAAAAACCAAAAACCAAUCUGGGUAUGGAGUGAGGAGCAUGGAGCUGUGAUUAACACACGAAAGCCUGUUGAAUUGGUUCGUCCGGGUGCUUUGGCUGCUGAAGACGGCGUUGUGCUUCCUGGACCUGUCGAUCGUGCUUCCGCUGCUCCUUCAGUUGGCUCGGAUGACUUGAAUGCUUCGGGUGCCCCCGCUGCUGCGGCUGGUAGUUCUAAGACUUCUAUUGUUCUCAGUGAUACAUAUACAGCGGUCUAA